GCCACUUCUUGCCCUGCUCGAGUGCCAGAGCCAUCGAUGCCAUCGAUAAUGGAGACUUCAGUGGACAGAGCAGAGGGUAAAAUCUCAUACAGCCAUACCAACCCGCUAUUUGACAUGAACCUCAGUAGGAGUGACCUCCACAGCUUCCAGAGCAAUGACAUGAAGGCGCAGAAGCCCAGAAGACAGUGGUGUUUAAAUGUGAUCGUGGUUUACCUCGUCUUGCUGACCGGGGUGACUGGCUUCCUAUUCUAUAAAGUUUUCACGCUGCAGCAUCUGUUGGCCCCUGUCUCCAUCUCACAGAAGAUAACAUCAUCCAGUCACAUUGUUCCUGGGAAUGAGCCCCUCGAUGCCGACCUCUCCACACUGGUGCAGAACAACAGCCAGGAGACCAGGUCACUGAGGGAUGAUCUGAACACCCUGCAAAGCCAGGUCGUUAGUCUCUGUGGAGAAGAGGGACAGCUGGGCAAGUUGAUGGCUGACCUGCACCAGGUGAACACCAGCACCCACAACCUGGAGGUCAACAUGGCAACAAUCAGCCUCAGCCCAGGUCCUCCAGGUCUGCAAGGUGCACCGGGGAUGAAGGGAGACCCAGGACGAACAGGCUUCCCUGGUCCCAUAGGUCAAACUGGGCCUCCGGGAGCUGCAGGCUCCCCAGGAGAGAAAGGAGAGAAGGGGGAUGGCGCUGUAGGCCCUGCUGGACCCCCAGGUUCAAGGGGAGAGAAAGGAGACAGUGGUCUCCAAGGCAUUCCUGGACAGCAAGGACCAAGCGGGCCUUCAGGGCCACCUGGUAGCCCUGGACCCUCGGGACCUGCUGGACCACGUGGCCCAACUGGCCUGACUGGACCACCUGGGCCACCAGGACUGCAGGGCAAUGGAGGACAAGGUGCAAAGGGGGAUAGAGGAAUCCCUGGACUCCCUGGUGUUUCAGGACCUCCAGGUAAAACGGGACCCAAAGGUGAUAAGGGAGAUACUGGCAGCACAGGAGUCUCAGGUAUCCCGGGUAUGAAGGGGCAGAAAGGAGAUAAAGGCUCGGUCGGUUCUGCUGGCCCAGCAGGACCUCCAGGUCCAAGAGGUUUAGCUGGCUUUACAGAGGUCGUGCGGCUCGUUGGCGGGACGUCUCGGGGGAGAGUGGAGGUCAAACACCUGGGCUUGUGGGGCACGGUGUGCGACGACAACUUCGACACAACGGACGGCACCGUGAUCUGCAGGAUGCUGGGCUUUCAGAGAGCCUCUUCACACUUCGCCGCCUCAGCCGGGUCUGGUAACAUCUGGCUCGAUGACCUUCAAUGCAGAGGCACAGAGAACAGUAUUUUUGACUGCCCCCACAGCGGCAUUGGCGCGCACAACUGCAAGCACAGCGAGGAUGUUGGGGUACAGUGUGUGUGAAUGCACAGAGAAGUAAAAACCUGCUUAUCCGAGAAAGCGAGAGGAUGGGUAAAUGAAUAAAGCAGACGAGAUGGGAAGACAAUAGUAAUGUAUGAGCAACAGGCAAUGCAGGAACACACACACACACACACUAAACACAUGCUUAACACAUAUUAAACACACAUAUACACAUGCAUGCUUUGGUGCUGUGAUUGACAUCUGCAAACACACAGGAUGCAGCACAUGCACAGACAGACAAUUGCUCUCAUAUACCCAUCACAUGCACUCAUCAGUAAGGAUAUAAGAAAAGAGUAAAGAUACCAGGAAUGAUUCUCAUCCCUGGAAAUCAUUACAUGUGCACUAAAAUGUACUGCAUAAACAUCAAUAUACCAUUGUGUUAUGUUAUACUACGCCCCAUUUCAUUACAAAACACAAUAAUGUCAGCUUAGCAUUUGUACAACUCUGCACCCCAAAUGGAAGAUUGUACAAAAUUCAUUUUAUUUUCAUGUGUUGAAGUAAAACAAUUAAAAUA